UUUAAAGAACGGAGUUCGCGAAAUGGAUCUUUGUUCUAGGUGGUAUUAUCAAGAUCGUAACAUUGGAAUAGUAACAUCAAAAGAAACCGAAACAUCAAAUAGAGAGAUCCCCCACAAGGUCCGCCUCCUGCUGUUCCCUGAGUAAGAGAAAAAGAGAGCGAAGCCGUACCCGCUGAGAGAUCCCGAAAUGGUAAAAUGAAAGUGGCAGAGAUCCUUACUUACUGCUCUAAAAAUAACAAGGACCAGAGGUCCACCUAAAAAGGUUAGAAACCACUAAGAAAGAGCGGGCUGGGGAACAAGACACCCGCGAGACCCAAUUAUAAUAUAAAUGUGACUACAGAGACGCGCUCUUGUUAUAGGACCCUUAGGGCUCUCCCUGACAUGAGAACAUCUUGGUAAUUAUAAAAAACUCCCAGCAGGAAGGAAAGGUUAGCGCAGGAACAGCGCUUUUUUACAAAGGCGUAUGCCACUAAAAAGAAAAGAAAUCCAGAAAUAAGGAUAUCAAUCACUUAAUAAGCCUACUGGCAACACACCUAACAAGCCUAGAGGCACUACAAAGCAACAAGCUAACCAUAGCACAAAUAAAGGAUGGCCGCCCCACGUGGGAUCUUCUGGCAUCGUUAUGCCGACCCGCAGUUUGGCCCAAUCGAAGCACUUACGCAACAGAGCAUGCUGGACAUGAUAUCUAUUAUCAAAGGAAAUGAAGACCUUGUCCUGGGAUUUGCGAACUACGGCGUCACGAGCCAGGAGCUUACCAACUAUGUAACCACCAUCCCACAAGUUGAUAUUCAAGGUGGAGCUGCUGUGCCGAUGGACCAAACGCUGCGUGAAUGGGUCACUGCGUACAUUGCCACCCACGCAGUAUGGGAAACCUUUGGUAACAUCCCGUGGCAGGACGCGUGGAGCACGAACGAGUUGGGCCAAAUUUGUGGCGCGCUUGGGGUGCCCGCCUACGGGACGAAGGGCCAGAAGUAUGCCAGAAUUCUCACCCAUGCGGCAAACAAUCCACCAGCCGUCCCGCCAGUAUUUACUGCGAACGCCGGCCUGUACUCGUGCGGAAAUGACCAGUUCAUUUGGCCGGGACAACUACUUCCGGGGCCAGUAGGACAGAUGCCAGUACCAGUGGGCCCGGCGCAACCACCUCCUAUGCUGCCCCCGCCACUGCCGCCGGUAGUGGUGCAACAGCCAGCGCUCACACAACAGCAGUUGAUGGACAUGUUGAAGAACCUGUUCGGACAAGGCUCUACCGCCAUGAACGCGCCGCCGGUGGUUAACGGUAUUGCGGCCGACCCGGCAACUGUACACAACCGACCGACCCAGAAUUUAUUUGGUAUAUUGGGUAUGGAUGGCUUUAUGGACCAUGAUCAGCCGGGACCUAUUCAGCCAAACCAGUGGUACAGCGCGAGGAACCCAAACGGGAACCACCCACCGGGACACCCGAAUGAAGCAUACGAAACGGUUUACGGCCUGUACUCGGACCCUCAGACGCCGGCUCAAGUAGCCCUUCUUGGGCAAGCCGCACCACCGCACACGGAGCACAACUACAUCAUCACCUGGAUGGCGCGAGGAGGUGCUGUCCAGAUGUAUGCUAACAUGAUGCGCGAUACGGACUGGC